AUGUCAGGACAGGUGUGUUUUGACGAGAACGGACAACCUUUUAUGGUUAUCCGUGAACAACAGAAGCAGAAGAGGUUGACGGGAGUGGAGGCUUUGAAGGUAAGGAGUUAUGAUGAAUAUUAUUUGGUGUUUAGACUCACAUUUUGGCGGCGAGACAAGUUUCCAACACGCUGAAGACAUCUUUGGGACCUUUAGGGUUAGAUAAGAUGUUGGUGAACCCAGAUGGAGAAGUUACCACGACAAACGAUGGAGCUACCAUUCUCAAGAGCAUGGAUGUGGAUCACCAUAUCGCCAAAUUGAUGGUCGAAUUGUCUCAAAGUCAAGACGAUGAAAGUGGAGAUGGUACCACUGGUGUUGUUGGUAUGUUUUCUUGCUUAGAUAAAACUUUAUGGAAAAUUUGGUUUUUAGUUUAAACUAAUUAUUACCUAAAUGCAAACGUCUAAGCUAUUUAUGUUUUCUAAUUUUAGUAUUGGCCGGAUCCUUGUUGGAACAAGCUAUGCCACUACUAGACAAGGGUAUUCAUCCUCUUCAAAUUGCUGAUGGUUAUGAUAUGGCUUGCCGAAGAGCUGUUGAAAGGUUGGAGGAAAUUUCUGAAACAUUCAAAGAAUACGAUUUUGAAAGUUUGGUGAAAGCUGCCUCGACUUCGCUCGGAUCUAAAAUGUAAGAUUUUGUAUUUUUAAUACAUUAUCGAGCUACUUUUAUUUAUAUUCACUGUGGUUUAUUCUUUGUUUUGUUGUAUUACUAUAGCUUUUACGAAUAUUAACUAAUAUUUACUUUUAGAGUGAAAAGUUGUCAACGCCAGCUAGCCGAGAUGGCUGUAAAGGCUGUGUUGGCGGUCGUUGAUAAAGAACGUAAGGAUGUCAACUUUGACUUGAUUAAGAUCGUCGAGAAACCCGGAGGCCGAUUGGAGGAUUCUCAAUUCUUCCAGGGAGUGCUGAUUGACAAGUCUUUUGCUCACCCCCAGAUGCCAAAAGAGUUGAAGGAUGUUAAGAUCGCCAUCUUAACCUGCCCAUUCGAGCCGCCAAAGCCAAAGACCAAGCAUAAGUUGGACAUUACCUCGCCUGAAGAGUUCAAGCAACUCCAAGACUUUGAACAGAAGACCUUCUUGAACAUGAUCGAAGAUGUCAAGAAGAGUGGAGCCGGCCUUGUCAUCUGCCAAUGGGGAUUUGAUGAUGAAGCUACUCAUCUUCUCUAUCAUAACGAGCUUCCAGCUGUCAGAUGGGUAGGAGGACCAGACAUAGAGCUGAUUGCCAUUGCCACUAAUGGCAGAAUUGUACCACGAUUUGCUGAAUUGACGGAACAGAAGCUUGGUACAGCUGGUAGAGUACGAGAACUCCAGUUUGGUACUGUCAACGACCAGUUCAUGGUUAUUGAAGAUUGUCCUAAUCAAAGAGCUGUCAGCAUUAUGCUACGAGGAGGCAACAAAAUGGUAAUUUUCAUUUAUUAUUUUUAUGAUUUUAGAUUUUGCAAAAACAUAUUUGGUAUGGAUUGUAUUCAUCAACGUUUAUGUUUUAGGUUAUUGAAGAAGCUCGUCGUUCUCUGCACGAUGCUCUUUGUGUUGUUAGGAAUCUGGUCCGCAACAACCGUGUUGUAUACGGUGGUGGUGCUCCUGAAAUCGCUUGUUCUAUUGCUGUUAAUGAAGUCGCCGAUAAGGUAUGUUGUUUUAGGCACAAAAUUUUAUUUUUUAAUUUGGCCCAACCAAUUUAUGACUAACUGUUUUCUGAAAAUGUUUUGAUUUCAGGUCUCUGGUCUCUCCCAAUACGCAUACAGAGCUUAUGCCGAUGCCUUGGAAGGAAUCCCAGCUGCUUUGGCUGAUAACUCGGGUCUGGCGGCCAUGGAGCACAUAACUUCAUUGAAGGCGAGACAAAUCAACGAGAAGAACCCACGAUUGGGCAUCGACUGUCUUCAGAAGGGCGAUUGUGACAUGAAAACACAAAACGUGAUCGAAUCGUACAAUGCCAAGAAAGAACAGAUUCAGCUGGCUACCCAGGUUGUGAGGAUGAUUCUGAAGAUUGACGACGUCCGUGUUCCCGACAACUCGGAGUAUUCAUAUCCUAUGUAA